CAAGGUACCAACACAAUUGUAUCUCAUUUCUCUAUUUCUAUAAUCCAAUCCAAACCUUUUUUAACAAGCUAGCACUAUGGCCACCAUCAUCAAAGGUACUCUUAAGACUCUCCUAUCAGCUGGUGAGAUUGAGAGCAACCCAUUAACCAUGUCUGAUGACCAGAUUUUGGAUCAAAUUUACUCCACUCAUGUCCACAGUGACACAAAAUUUGAUGCUGCUUCUCUUUUCACCCUUGCUCAGAAUACCCUUGCACGUUCAACACACAUUGUUGACAGUGUUGUGCAGGGUACCAAAGUAAGCUUGGAGCAAGCAGAUGACAAGUCCCUUAUCCCGAAUUUUAGUUCACCACUGUGCACCCUGAAGUCAAUUUCUUCUGAGAUGUCAUGCAAGCCACCAAGUGAGGAAAUUGCACACAAAACAACUCUAGCCAUACUGAACAAGCUUUCACACUAUGACUGGGAAGCAAAAGCAGUUCUUACACUUUCUGCAUUUGCACUUGAAUUUGGUGAAUUCUGGUUACUUGAACAACAUCUUUCAACAGACCCACUUGCCAAAUCUGUGGCUUUGCUGAAACGAGUUCCGAUCCUAGCAAAGCCUGCAGCAAUUCAAAAACACCGUCAAGCUAUCACCGAGCUUAAUAGUUUGGUGAAAAUCACGUUGCAAGUGAUUGAAUUUAUACUUGAAUUGGAUUACCUUAAUGAUAGGUAUGACACAAAGGUCGUUCCUGCUUUGGAACUUGCAUAUGAACAAAUUCCUGUUGAUGUUUACUGGACCAUCAUCACUAUUGCUGCAAUUGUUACUCAGUUAGAUUGCCUCAUCACUGAAUCGGAGCAUAAGCAAGAACUCUCCCACUAUGGUCAAAAGAUCAACAUCAUCCUCAGUAGACUGAGGAAGCAGAUCACGGUCUGUCGUCAACAAAUAGAUACGGCAAAGUACAUCCAAGAGCUUAAGAAACUGUUACAAACUCCAACUGAAAUAACAGUGGUGCUUUCGUUUCUGAUUUUUCCCAAGGAUGUUCCUCAGUUGCUUUAUGAUGGUGCUACCAAGACUACGGUUGACAUUAAUGUUGUGCUAAAAAAGAAGAACGUGUACUUGUUUGUUUCUACUCUAGAUGUCACGGAGGAAGAAAUUACAGCAGUAAGAUCAGUGUAUGAAUCUAUCAAAACAAAUGAACAAUACAAGAUUGUUUGGAUUCCAAUCGUCGAAGGAUGGAACGAGCAGCUACGCAAGAAAUUCGAUAUUUUAAGGAGUAAGAUGCCAUGGUAUGUGGUGCAGAAUGUCGAAAACAUAGCUGGAUUCAAGUUCAUUAAUGAAGAAUGGGACUUCAAAAAGAAGUCUAUGUUUGUGGUGUUUAGUCCUCAAGGAAAGGUGCAACACAAAAAUGCAUUCCAUUUGAUCAAGUCUUAUGGAAUCAAGGCUUUCCCCUUUACAAUGGAUGAUGAAAUAAGAAUUCAAAAGGACAGGAACUGGAUUGUAUCUGUUGUAGGCAACAUCGACCGCAACAUUUCCAUAUGGACCGAGCAGAACAAGCACAUUUUCUUCUAUGGCGGUCAUGACAAAGAAUGGAUCCAACAGUUCACUAAGUAUGCGACUGCUCUUGCAAACGAUGCAACUAUAAAAGAAGCAAAAAUUUCCAUUGAACUCUUUUAUGUUGACAAGGAAGACAAAAACCUCGUAAGUCGAUUUUGGAGUGGAAUUGAGAGUCUCUUUGUGACCAAAAUUCACAAAACAACCGAUGUAGUGACACAAGAAGUGCAGAAGAUGCUGUCUUACAAAAAUGAAACCGGUUGGGCUCUCCUUAGCAAAGGACCAUCUGUUGUGUUGAGUGGUCAUGGUACAACAAUUCUCAAAACUGUGGCUGAAUUUGAGAAAUGGAAAGAUGUUGUGAUUAAGAAAGGAUUUGAAUUUGCAUUCACCGAGUAUCACACCAAUGUUGCUCGUGUCACUCAUCGUUGCUCGCACCUUGAAAUUCCUAUUGUUGCUGGAAAGUUACCUGAGACUAUAAAAUGUCCUGAUUGUCCUAGUACCAUGGAGAUUUUCAUCAGCUAUAAGUGUUGCCACAAUAAGACCAAUGCAAAUGGAAAACAUUAGGGUUUGAUGUGGUUUUAUGUUACUAGGUCUUGUGGUCCUUGGUUCGAGAUUUGACGUCUUAAAAAAAAUAGUAUUGGGUUUUGUUGUUUGAUCUCGUGAAUAAGAGUGUGGGACUUUCAGAACCUUUUGGUUACGUUCCACGCCAAUUUGUUGUAAAAUAAAGAUCUCUUUGUAACCCAAAAAAUAAUGGUGUUGUGUUGUUUUCUAUGUGCUGUGGUUGUGGUGUAGUCUUGAAGCUUUGGUCUUCAAUUAAGCUUCAGUUUGUGUAAUAAUGUUUGCAUUAUAUAUCAAUAAUAUUUAUUAUAUAUCAA